GAGCAGGAAAAUUCUUUGAAAGAAUUCCUUGAAGGCCGGAAUGUGUUUGUAAAUUUGCCGACCGGUUACGGAAAAUCCUUGAUUUUCCAGUGUCUCCCAAUCGCUGCAGAUGCUCUGCUCGAUAAACCUCGAGGCUCUAGUCUUGUAAUCGUGAUUUCUCCUUUACGAUCCUUAAUGGAGGACCAAGUUCACUUUCUGAACAACACUGGAGUGCCAGCAAUCGCUAUUACCGACGAAGGAGACCCAGAUAUUGUCCAACAAGUAAUUAAUGGCAACUAAAUUGUCGUGUACGGUUCGCCCGAGUGUCUUCUUUCCACCGCGACUUGGAGAAGUAUUUCCAGUUGCAACACAUUUGUAGAAAUGUUGAUCGGAGUGGCUAUCGACGAAGCACACUGUAUAACCCAAUGGUAUGUGUCUUAUUCUCUUAUUUUUUUUUUUAUUCAAUGAUAUUCAAAUUGGCAAAUAACGAUUUUCAAAACAUGGUAAGACAAGUUUGUACGGUGUGAUUCACCGAAAUGUAACAUCCAUUCGAACAACUUGUUUACUAUAACUUAGGUACGAGUCAAAAUAAACUUCUCAUGGUCCGUCGGGUCGGUUUAAGGCCUUAAAAAAGUGUGGAAUUUUAUAUGAAUUGGGCAUGAAAAUUUCCAUACAGUUUUGGACAGAGGAGGCAGUAAUAAUCAGUCGUGUUUUAAUAUUACCUUUCUUUCAUUUAAGGGUUAUUGUUCAUCCUUGUUGUAUUUUAAAGUUUUGUAUACAUGCAUAAUGCAAUGAGUCACUGUUAAAGUCAAUACUUGUAAAAAUUAGAACAUCAUCCCUUUAUAUACCAGUAUCUAAUCUACAAUCUCUGUACAGGGGACUGUCUGGAUCCAAGAAGGUACCUUUCAGGAAGUGGUAUGGUUGCCUAGGGGAGCUAAGGUCACUGGCUCCUUCAACAAGCCGGUUAAUAAUUCUAACUCCAACUGCAACAAAGGCAACGAAGAGGGAGAUUUUAACUUCACUGCAACUGGGAGAAGAUGAUGUAAAGUUUGUUGAACAAAGUCCAAACAGACCCAAUCUAACAUACAGUGUGCAGUAUUUGGACAAAAACGAGGCACUUCAAACUGCAUUUUCUGCCCUCAUCACAGAUUUGAAAAGCCAAGGUGCAAAGACCCAAAGAACCAUACUCUAUUGCCAGACAAGAAAGCAAUGCCAGAUUUUAUUUCGUGUUUUUGAGGUUUUCCUAGGUAAGAAUAUUUACCACGGGGAAACCAAACCUCAAAAUCGGAUUGUUGAAAUGUAUUAUGCAGGCACACCAAGCCGUGCUAAGGACCACAUUUUGGAGAACAUGGCUAAUGAGGAUGGUCAUUUAAGACUGUUAAUUUCAACCAUUGCAUUUGGGAUGGGCGUAAACUGUAAGAGAGUUAGGAGGAUCAUACAUUUUGGGCCCUCAAAAUCUGUAGAAAUGUAUGUUCAGGAAUGUGGCAGGGCUGGCAGAGAUGGGCUGCCAAGCACUUGUAUUCUUCUAUACAAUGGUCUUCUAUCAACUCAUAGUGAGAAGGACAUGAAAGAAUAUCUCAGCAGCGGUGAGUGUCGUCGAAAAUCGUUGAUGAGCCAUUUUGGUUUCAGUAAUGAAUUGCAAACUGGUGAUCAUGCACAUUCUUGUUGUGACAUUUGCGCUACAGAUUGUGAGCGUGGAUCCGAAGAGUGCCCUGAUUUGUGAAGUCCUCGCAGAGACUCGGACAUGCAUCCAGAGAUAUGUAUUGCUCAUUCAGACAGAGAAAGUGAUUCUGUCACAAGGACACGUACAGUGUCUAGCAAGGACAAGAGGCUUUUAGUAAGGAAAUUACUAGCACUGCAUAUGAAUUUGUCAAAGCAAAUGCAAGUACAGACAAUGGUCUCCUGCCCUAAUGUGUUACUUGAAUUUAAUUCAUAUCAUAUCAAGCAAAUUGUUCGCAAUUGUCAUGUUUUGUUUAGCCUCAGGGAUGUGAUGGAUGUUGUGGAGAUCUGGAGGAAACAACAUGCAAUUGCAGUAAUGCAUGUAUUUGCUGACGUUUUUGGUGACAUUGACACAAGCAAACUUCCUGUUGAUAUCAGUGGUGCAGAACAAUGCCAGGAUGAGUCUAUCAGGCCUGACUGGGCACAAGUGCGGGAUGACUCGUCACUUCUGUUCAUGCUUGACACUCAGGAUCUAGAA